ACAUUUGGAUCUAAUUCUGUAUUGUAUUUUCUUCUAACGAAACAAAUGUUGGAUCUAUGUUAACCGAGCGCGGAAUCACACAGCGCUUUUUAAUCCAUAAGAAGGAAUGCAUCUUCGCCUCGGGAAACUGAUACCUCUGAUUUCUCUCAUUGUUUUGGCUGAAGGUGGUCUGAAAUGUUCUGAGAAAUGCCAGAACGGAGGAACGUGUGUGUCUACGACAGACGGAAGAGGAGAAUGCAAAUGUCCUGACAAGUAUUUGGGCCCAGUGUGCCAGUUUGCCAACCCUUGCCUUCCAAACCCCUGCUGGAAUGGCGGCAUUUGCCAGGCAUCUACACGUGACAACAGAGUGGACUACGUCUGCCGGUGUCCCCUGGGCUACAUGGACCCACGGUGCCUCACUCCUACCGACAACCCGUGCCGCAGCUCACCUUGUGGCAACGGAGGGACAUGCGAGCUGACCAGCCUCCACACAUUCAAGUGCAAAUGUCCACCAGGCUGGACCGGUAAUAUCUGCCAGCAGGCUGACCCUUGUGCCUCAAACCCGUGUGCCAACGGCGGUCAGUGCAGCACAUUCGAUUCUCAUUACAUCUGCGCCUGCACGCCUUUCUUCUCAGGUGAGACGUGCAAACAAGACGUGAAUGAGUGUGCCAAGACCCCGUCUCCCUGCAGGAACGGCGGAACGUGUGUGAACGAAGUGGGCGCAUAUCGCUGCAACUGCCCGGCCGAGUACACAGGUAAACACUGUGAGACUCGGUACCAGCCCUGCAGCCCCUCACCAUGCCACCACGGAGGGACCUGCGUCCAGGUCGGAGACACAAACUACGAGUGCACCUGUCUUCCCGGCUUCAGUGGUCAGAACUGUGAGGAGAACAUUGAUGACUGUCCAGACCAUCGCUGCCUUAAUGGAGGAACCUGUGUAGAUGGAGUGAACACUUACAACUGUCAGUGCAAACCUGAAUGGACAGGUCAGUUCUGUACUGAAGACGUCAACGAAUGCGAUCUGAUGCCCAACUCCUGUCAGAACGGCGGAACAUGCCUAAAUAAUCAGGGAGGAUACAACUGUGUGUGUGUGAAUGGCUGGACGGGUGACGACUGCAGCAAGAACAUCGAUGAUUGUGCAGAUGCUGCCUGCCACCAGGGAGCCACUUGUCACGAUCGCGUGGCCUCCUUCUACUGUGAAUGCCCACCUGGACGCACAGGUUUGCUGUGUCACUUGGACGAUGCUUGUAUCAGUAACCCCUGUCAGAAAGGCUCCAACUGUGACACGAAUCCAGUCAGUGGUAAGGCCAUCUGCACCUGUCCCAUAGGCUACUUUGGCUCAGCCUGUGACCAGGAUGUUGACGAAUGCUCCCUAGGUACAAACCCAUGUGAGCAUGCUGGGAAGUGUCUGAACACGAAAGGCUCAUUCCAGUGUAAGUGCCAGCAGGGCUAUGUGGGCGCUCGCUGUGAACUUGACAUCAACGAGUGCAAGUCCAACCCAUGUCAGAAUGACGCUACAUGUCUGGACCAGAUCGGAGGAUUUCAUUGCAUCUGCAUGGCAGGGUACGAGGGAGUCUUCUGCGAGAUCAAUACCGAUGAGUGUGCCAGCACGCCCUGCCUUAACAAUGGGAAGUGCAUCGACAAGAUCAACAACUACCAGUGCGAGUGCCCCAAAGGAUUCUCUGGGAACCAGUGCCAGUUUGACAUCGAUGAGUGCGCCAGCACGCCUUGCAAAAAUGGCGCGAAGUGUAUCGACGGGCCAAACAUGUACACUUGCCAGUGCACAGAGGGUUACACUGGGAAGCACUGUGGCACCGACAUUGAUGAGUGCCUGUCCAAUCCAUGCCACUACGGGACCUGUAAGGAUGGCCUGGCCAGCUUCACCUGCCAGUGUCAUCCUGGCUACUCUGGCCGACUGUGCGAGGUCAACAUCAACGAGUGUCUGAGCCACCCAUGCCAGAACGGAGGCACCUGUCAGGACCGGGCCAAUUCCUACCUGUGUGUUUGCCCUAGAGGAACUUCAGGUGUGAACUGUGAGAUCAAUGUGGACGACUGUAAAAGCAAUCCGUGUGACUAUGGCAAGUGUAUUGACAAGAUCAAUGGCUAUGAGUGUGCCUGCGAACCAGGAUACACAGGAAAAAUGUGUAACAUUAAUAUUGAUGAGUGUGCCAUCAACCCCUGUCACAAUGGAGGAACAUGUAUCGACGGGGUCAACAACUUUACCUGUCAGUGCCCAGAGGGUUACCAUGACCCCACCUGCCAGUCUCAACUCAACGAGUGUCUCAGUAACCCAUGCAUUCAUGGACACUGUGAAGACAAAGUCAAUGGUUAUAACUGUAUUUGUGAUUCGGGUUGGAGUGGAAUCAACUGUGACAUCAACAACAACGAGUGUGAGUCCAACCCUUGCAUGAACGGUGGCACCUGUAAGGACAUGACCAGUGGUUACGUGUGUACUUGCCGGGCUGGCUUCAGUGGUCCUAAUUGCCAAACCAACAUCAACGAGUGUGCUUCAAACCCAUGCCUGAAUCAGGGGACUUGCAUUGACGAUGUGGCUGGCUACAAAUGUAACUGUGUGCUGCCCUACACUGGUGAGAAAUGUGAAAACUUGUUAGAGCCAUGCAGUCCCAAACCCUGUAAGAAUAAUGGCCUGUGUAAGCAGUCGGAGGACUAUGAGAGCUUCUCCUGCGUGUGUCCUGAAGGCUGGCAAGGUCAGACCUGUGAGAUCGAUAUCAACGAGUGCGUUAAGAAUCCCUGUCGCAAUGGCGCCACCUGCCAGAACUCCAUCGGCAGCUACAAGUGCAGCUGCAAAUCAGGAUAUACAGGCCGCAAAUGUGAGACUGACAUUGAUAACUGCAAGCCCAACCCUUGCAGUAACGGUGGCUUCUGCAAAGAUGGCAUGGACACGUACACGUGCACUUGCCUGCCAGGAUUCCGUGGCGUCAUAUGCGAAGAGGACAUCAACGAGUGCCUCAGCAACCCGUGCAAGAACGGUGCCAACUGCACGGACUGCGUUAACAGCUACACCUGCACGUGCCUGCCCGGCUUCAGUGGCAUUCACUGCGAGACCAACACACAGGACUGCACUGAGAGCUCUUGCUUUAAUGGUGGCACCUGUGUGGAUGGCAUCAACACUUUUACCUGCCUUUGCCUGGCCGGCUUCACGGGUAACUACUGCCAGCAUGACAUCAACGAAUGUGAUUCUAAGCCCUGCAUGAAUGGCGCCACAUGCCACGACAGCUACGGAACAUACAAAUGCACCUGCCCACAUGGGUAUCGUGGUUUCAACUGCCAGGAUCUGGUAAACUGGUGCAAGCCAUCUCCAUGUAAGAAUGGAGGCACGUGCAGACAGAGUGGUACCACCUACAGCUGCCAGUGUCAGACAGGAUGGACUGGACUUUACUGCGAUGUCCCCAGCGUCUCCUGUGAGGUGGCAGCCAAACAACAAGGUGUGGAGGUGGCCAAAUUGUGCCGGAACUCUGGUCAGUGCCUGGAUGCAGGGAACACACACUACUGCCAGUGCCAGGCGGGAUACACAGGCAGCUACUGCGAGCAGCAGGUGGAUGAGUGCAUUCCCAACCCCUGCCAGAAUGGAGCUACUUGCACUGAUUACCUUGGAGGAUAUACUUGUGAGUGUUUGCCAGGUUAUCAUGGAGUAAACUGCACCAGUGAGAUCAAUGAGUGCCUGUCUCAGCCCUGCCAGAACGGGGGCAUCUGCAUCGACCUCGUCAAUGCCUACAAAUGCUCCUGUCCCAGAGGAACCCAGGGUGUUCACUGUGAAAUCAAUAUAGACGACUGCACGCCCUUCACGGACCCUGUGACUCACGAGCCCAAGUGCUUCAACAAUGGCCGAUGCAUGGACCGUGUUGGUGGGUAUCACUGUGAGUGCCCACCCGGCUAUGUGGGUGAGCGCUGCGAGGGCGAUGUCAACGAGUGCCUGUCCAACCCCUGUGACCCGCGCGGCACCCACAGCUGCAUCCAGCUUACAAACAACUACCGCUGCGAGUGCCGCACUGGCUACACAGGUCAGCACUGCGACACUGUGUUUGAUGGCUGUAAGGGGAAGCCGUGCAGAAAUGGAGGGACCUGCGCCGUAGCCAGUAACACUCCUCAUGGAUUCAUUUGUAAAUGUCCUCCGGGCUUUACUGGGUCCUCCUGUGAGUAUGACGCUCAAUCCUGCGGCAACCUCCACUGUCGUAACGGCGGCACCUGCAUCUCAGGCCCCAAGACCCUGCGUUGUCUAUGCCCACCAGGCUUCUCAGGCCCAGAGUGCCAACACACAUCCGAAGGACCAUGCGUCUCCAAGCCCUGCUACAACGGUGGCACUUGCAAACCCAGCUCAGAGGCUCCUUACUAUAAUUGUUUGUGCCCAUCUGAGUUCAACGGCGUGCUGUGCCACAUCCUGGAUUACAGCUUUUCUGGAGGUCUUGGUCGAGACAUCACACCGCCGCCCGAGGUGGUGACCAGCUGCAAGGUGCCGGAGUGUGCGGCCAAGAAGGGCGACAAGUUUUGCGAUGCUGCAUGCAACACCUAUGCGUGUGACUGGGAUGGAGGUGACUGCUCGUUAAACUUCCAUGAUCCGUGGAAGAACUGCUCAGCCGCACUGCAGUGCUGGCGCUACUUUAAUAACGGACACUGUGACCAGCAGUGCCACAACGCCGGCUGCCUGUACGAUGGGUUCGACUGCCAGACGAGUGGUGGCGAGUGCAACCCACUGUACGAUCAGUAUUGUAAGGACCACUACGCAGAUGGACACUGUGAUCAGGGCUGCAACAAUGCAGAGUGCGAGUGGGACGGCUUGGACUGCUCCGAAAACGUUCCAGAAAAGCGGGCAGAAGGUCACCUAGUGCUAGUGGUGCAAGUGCCACCCGAGCAGCUGCGCAACAACUCCUCAGCAUUCCUGCGAGAACUCAGCCGUGUGCUCCACACCAAUGUGGUGUUCAGGGUGGAUGCUAACGGGGAGCUUAUGAUCUACCCGUACUACGGUAGUGCGCAUGAGCUCAAGAAGCAUGGCAUCAAGCGCUCGCUGGAUGCUUGGCCUGACGUCUAUGGCUCAGGACACAACGACCAGGACAGCAUGCAGGUCAAAGGCUCGUUGGUGUAUCUUGAGAUCGACAACCGGCAGUGCUACCAACAGUCCACUGAGUGCUUCCAAAGUGCUACAGAUGUUGCUGCCUUCCUGGGAGCCCUCGCCUCCAGCGGCAAUCUCAACAUGCCCUACAUUAAGGCCGUCAGCACCGAAAGCGAAGAGCCGCCGCCUUCGGAGCUCUACCCGGUGUACGUCGUGCUGGCCGGCUUGGCGCUGCUGGCCUUUGUGGCCGUGGGCAUGGUGGCUUCUCGUAAACGACGGCGCGAACACGGUCAGCUCUGGUUCCCUGAGGGCUUCAAGACCAGCGAGCCAAGCAAGAAGAAGAGAAGGGAGCCUGUCGGGGAGGACUCUGUCGGCUUGAAGCCACUGAAGAACUCGGAUAUUUCACUAAUGGACGAUAACCAGAAUGAGUGGGGAGAUGAUGAGCCAGUGGACACCAAGCGCUUCAGGUUUGACGAGCAGGCGAUGUUAAAUCUGGAUGACCAGCAGGACCAUCGGCAGUGGACUCAGCAGCACCUGGAUGCAGCCGACCUGCGAAUCCCUUCCAUAGCCCCAACACCUCCGCAAGGCGAGAGUGAAAACGACUGCAUGGACGUCAAUGUCCGAGGGCCAGAUGGCUUCACUCCGUUAAUGAUCGCCUCCUGUAGUGGGGGUGGCCUUGAAACCGGUAACAGCGAGGAAGAGGAGGACGCUUCCGCCAACGUCAUUAAUGACUUUAUCUACCAGGGCGCCAACCUGCACAAUCAGACGGACCGUACGGGUGAGACCGCGUUACACCUUGCUGCCCGCUAUGCCCGAUCUGAUGCUGCCAAGAGGCUCCUGGAAGCCAGCGCAGAUGCCAACAUCCAAGAUAACAUGGGCCGAACACCUUUACAUGCGGCUGUGGCUUCAGAUGCUCAAGGGGUCUUCCAGAUUUUGAUACGGAACCGCGCCACGGACUUGGAUGCACGCAUGCAUGACGGAACCACUCCCCUAAUCCUGGCAGCUAGGCUGGCCGUAGAAGGCAUGGUGGAGGAGCUCAUUAACUGCCACGCCGAUGUUAAUGCCAUUGAUGACUUUGGGAAGUCCGCUCUGCACUGGGCUGCUGCUGUGAACAAUGUGGAUGCAGCUGUGGUACUGCUUAAGAAUGGAGCCAAUAAGGACAUGCAGAACAACAAGGAGGAGACGCCUCUAUUCCUGGCUGCACGAGAAGGUAGCUACGAGACAGCCAAAGUACUACUGGAUCACUUUGCCAACCGUGAAAUUACCGACCACAUGGAUCGCCUGCCACGUGACAUUGCCCAGGAGCGCAUGCACCAUGACAUUGUGCGCCUGAUGGAUGAGUACAACCUAGUGCGGAGUCCGCCCAUGCCGGGCUCCGCCAUGAGUUCUACCCUCUCACCUCCCCUGUGCUCACCCAAUGGCUACUUGGGCAACAUGAAGCCCUCCAUCCAGAACAAGAAACCCAGAAAGCCCGGUACCAAGGGUAUUGGCUGUAAGGACGCUAAAGACCUGAAGACCAAAAAGAAGAAACCCCAGGAUGGAAAAGGGAGCUUGUUAGACAGCUCAGCCGUUCUGUCCCCUGUGGAUUCCCUCGAGUCUCCCCGGGGUUACAUUUCUGAUGUAGCCUCACCACCCUUGAUGCCUUCACCCUACCAGCAGUCACCAUCCGUAACCCUCAACCACCUGCAGGGUGUCCCUGAUGCCCAUGUUGGUGUCAACCACUUGGGCUUGGCUGGCAAGCAGGAGCUGGCACACUUGCAGUUUGAUCCCUUGCCGCCACGUCUCACCCACUUGCCAGUGGCCGGAUCGAAUGGGUCAACAGGCAUGAAUGACUGGCUGAGCAGGAUGCACAGUGGCAUGGGCCAGCAGGGUCAAUUCGGGGUCAUGAGGAGCAUCCAGGGCCAGGGAGGUAUGUGCCAAUCCAACCAGCACAAUAUGAUGCCCGCGCUGCACAAUGGUGUACCUGCAAGCACACUGUCACAGAUGAUAAACUACCAGAAUCUGGCCAACGCCCACCUCACGGCACAGCAGCACAUCCUUCAAACGCAGCAAAUGCAACCCAACCUACAGCAGCAGCCACCCAGCAUCCAGCUGCAGCACCAGAACUCGAACCCUAACCAGAACCUGAACGGUGGCCAGAACUUCAUCAGUACUGAGCAGCAACAAAGCACGGCGAGCGGCGUGUCCAUACAUACCAUCCUCCCCCAGGAGACGCAGGUUCUCAAUCCUCAGACGCUGGGGCCCGGCAUGGCCAGCACGCAGUUCCUCACACCCCCAUCACAGCACAGCUACUCGGGCACAAUUGACACCAACACGCCAAACCACCAGCUUCAAGUCCCCGAUCACCCUUUCCUUACGCCAUCCCCGGGCUCACCCGAUCAGUGGUCCAGCUCGUCGCCCCACUCGAAUAUGUCCGACUGGUCUGAAGGCAUCUCCAGUCCUCCCACGAGUAUGCACUCCCAAAUCACACACAUUCCUGAGCAGUUUAAGUGAACCAGAACCCAGGACUGGUCUGUUUUGUGAGAGCACACUUUGUAUAGUAGAAAACAUGUUCAAAUAAAAGCUCUUUUCUAUGCCUUUGUACUAACCACAUAUUUUCCAUUUUUUAUUUAUUAAUGUCUUGUUAUUUAUACUUUUGUCACCAGCCUGAAUUUGGAAGUGAAAGGCAAUUCUGAGAUGAAAAGAAUAUAAAAAAAAAAAAACAAGAAGUAGCUUGUUUGUUAUAUUUUUGUUUCCAUUUCAAUAUACUGUGGAUUCUGGCGUACACACUGGGUAUUUAUUGGUGAUAAAAGUUGCCUGUAUUUUUGUAGUCAAUUCGCCUUCACUAUUAUUUUUACUUUUCUACGUUAUUGUAUAAUUUUGUAAAUCACAUGUUUUGAGUAAGGGCAUUUUAUAGAGCACAUUUUAUAACGAAGUUUUCAGUAUUACAUUAUAUACGUAGAUUUUGUUUCAGCAAUCAACAUAGCUUUUUAUCCAUUCCAACUGUAAUAAUAGAUUUUCACAUCUUCAUUUGAUUUGUUUUGAAAUAAAUCACAUUAGAGAUUGACCACUGAAAUAGCAUACAACAGAUCUUACACUAUGUAUUGGAACUUGGUCAUUUCUGUUUCAUUAUUUUAGAUGUCAUGUUUCUUUGUUUGUUCAUGUAGUUCUCAUGUGUGAGUAUUUGUACAGUUGAUUUUUAUAAGAAUUCCCUAUGCUAUUAUAUCCUUAUGAUAUAAUACCUGCGAAAGCAGUGUCUAAAAUUCCACUGUCAGGGUGGGUGUGAAAGAAAGUGAGGAAUGUAACUCCUUUAUUAGGUGUUAAUGCGUUUAAUACAGGUUUUAAAUACUCUGUAUCUUUUCUCCCUUUCAACUUCUGAACUGGUCAAGUGGCCAGAAAUGUAUUUAGUCAUGUGGAGAAGCUUAGCACACUGAGUCUGUCUUUGCUUCCUAUAUGGUGUGUAAUGUUGAAGCCUAUGGCUAAUGUAAAUACGUCUCGACAUGGUUUAUGUAAACAGGAUUUUGUUUCAGAAAUCUUAAGUCUUAAAUGUGCUGUUUAAAUUUGACUACUUGUUAAUCAGUAGCUAUUUGUUUUCUUUUAUAGAAAACACAUUUUAGAGCCCAUAAACGAAGUGUACAAGUGAUUAGGUAACACUUUACAUCCAAUAUAGAUGAUCAUAUAAAUUAGAUGCUUAAAAAGUUUAUUUUAAAGACCAAAUGGUUGGUAUAGAAUUGAUGAAUUGGUUUUAUAUAAAAAGUUGUUAAUGUGAUAUUAUUAGAAUUUCCAUUGUGAGCCCCUAAAUGAUUUAACAACUGCAUUAAAUGUAAUAUCUGUACAAAAAUACCUAUCAGACAACUCAAUUAACAUAAAGUAUAUUUUUGUCCGUUCUACUGUCAAUCUGUAAAUGUACUUAAAUAAUAAAAAAUGCAAAUGUG